AUUUAAACCUUGCAGCACGCAAUUCCAUCCGUUUCUCAAUCUGUCCUUUUUCCUUGUAUACCUAUCGUGUUUCUGCCCCGCGGUUGUUAUUUCGUUUUUUUGCAAUACAGACCUGUUCUUCCCCCCAUAGGCGCGUGCGAACAUGAGAACGGUCAACAGUGGAGCGCCAAAUGCUCCGUACUUCACACCCCUCCAGUCUCCAGCAGCUGGCACUGCUCUGGUUCCCAACCCACCAACACUUUUCUCUCCUCUCAAGAUCAGAGAUGUGACAUUCCAGAACAGAAUAUGGGUCGCCCCAAUGUGCACAUACAGCGCCUCCAACGGCCACCUCACCGACUUCCACCUCAUCCACCUCUCCGCCUUCGCCUUCCGCGGCGCCUCCCUCACCAUCAUCGAAGCCACGUCCGUCCUCCCCAACGGCCGCAUCUCCCCCGAAGACGCAGGUCUCUGGACCGACAGCCAGAUCGCGCCCAUCCGCCGUAUAGCCGACUUCCUGCACUCGCAGAACCAGAAGAUUGGUAUCCAGCUCGCGCAUGCUGGACGGAAAGCGAGUACCUUGGCGCCGUGGGUGGGUGAUAAAGGGAGAGGAGUCGCGAGCAAGGAGGCGGGUGGGUUUGAGGAUGAUGUUAUGGGCCCGAGUGCGAUUUGUUGGGGGCAGGGGUUUCCAAUGCCGAGGGAGAUGAGUAGUCAGGAUGUGAGGGAUGUGAUUGAUGGGUUUAGGGAUAGUGCGAGGAGAGCUGUGGAGGGGGGUGUGGAUGUUAUUGAAAUUCAUGGUGCUCAUGGGUACUUGAUCUCCUCGUUUCUCAGCCCGAUCAGUAAUCGCAGGACGGACAAAUAUGGCGGGAGCUUCGAGAACAGGAUCAGACUGCUGGUGGAAAUUAUACAAACUGUUAGGACGGUGAUUCCGAAAGGGAUGCCUUUGCUGGUAAGAGUCAGUGCUACGGAAUGGAUGGAGAAGAAUGCUCCGGAGAGCUGGGACGUCGAGUCUACGAUUAAGCUCGCGAAGCUACUUCCUGGCCUUGGAGUCGACUUGUUGGACGUCAGCUCAGGAGGGAACAGCGAGUCUCAAAGCGUGAGCAUAUUCAAUGACUACCAAGUUGGAAUCGCCAGCCAAAUCCGCAAAGCGCUCUACGAAGCGGGAAUCAGAGACUUGUUGAUCGGCGCAGUAGGCAUGAUCACCGAAGCCGAAGCUGCGAAGAAGAUCGUGCAGAAGGGGGAUGAUACAAUUGAGAUCACGGAUGAGAAUGGAGGGCUGGCAAAAGCUGAUAUUGUGCUUGUCGGAAGACAGUUCCUUAGAGAACCAGAGUGGGUAUUGAGAGUUGCAUAUAGACUCGGUUUGAAGGUUCAGUGGCCGGUGCAGUAUCAAAGAGGGCAGUUCAUCAGAGGGAGUAAGAUUUAGAUCUAGAUGAAGAUACCUACAUAGUUUCGCAUUUGUAGACAAAGAGUAGAUAGAUGGAUGAUAGACUCACACAUAUCGAUCACUUAACAAGCA